AGCGGGGCGCGCGGGCCCAGGCCCCGCCGCCGCCAUGUGGCCGGUGCUCUGGACGGCGCUGCGCACCUACGCCCCCUACGUCACCUUCCCGGUGGCCUUCGUGGUGGGCGCCGUGGGCUACCACCUGGAGUGGUUCCUCCGCGGCGACCCGCCGCCGCCGCCGGCCGAGGAGGAGAAGAGCAUCUCGGAGCGGCGCGAGGACCGCAAGCUGCAGGAGAUCGCCGGCAAGGACCUGACCGAGGUGGUGAGCCUCAAGGACAAGCUCGAGUUCGCCCCCCGGGCGGUGCUGAACAGGAACCGACCCGAGAAGAGUUAACAAAGCUGCGUGGGCAAACCCAGAGCCAGCGUCCGUCCAGCUGGGCUUGGCUGAGGGACCCUCCAUUCCCUGGGGCUGGAGCUGACUGGCCUGUCCAGCUGUGUCCGUCAGCCUUCUGCUGGGGACUCCUGUGCCACCUGCACGUCCUCCACUGGAUGCCCUCCAGCACUUGGCUGUACUUGAGUAAUCUGCUGUGCCUACUGCUGCUCUUCACCUUCCCCAGGCCCUGUGGAGGCGUGACUGGUUAGGCUUUGCCCACUUGAGGGACACAUUCAAUAUACAGCAGCCCAGACCUCUUUGGUGGCAUGCUGCAAGGAGAAUGAUGCUCUGGAGAUGGAGUAUGUCUACAGCUCCUCAGCUCCCAGCCUGUUCUCAUGCCCCCAAACUUUCUUGGCCUGGUUCCACCCAGAUCUCUUCAGAUUUGGGCUCUUCCUUAGUACAAAAACAGAAGAGACUUGUAUGUUUCCAAGCAAAGCUGUCUGGAUUGUGCUUGGGCCUGAGUGACAUUGGGUCAAGGGCUGGGCUAACAGCGGGAGGCAUGAGGAGGGCUUGCAGGUGACCUGCCAUCCUGCUUUCCAGCUUCUUGUAAACCCCAGUCAUGCUCCCUAGAGAUCACAGCACCACACUAACAUACCACUGCAGGAGCUGGAAUGGCCCAGGAGUCUUCUGGGAACUCCUCCCUGUGUUACCUCCAGACUUUGCAGCAGGGAAGGGGGGUGGGGGUGGAGGUCCUGGCUCUGCAUCUGUCAUGGGGUUGCAAGCAUGGCUGUGAGUUUAGGCUGGGCUGAGGCUGACUGGAGAUGUGUAGAGAAUGGAAAGAACUCUGCCUUGCACAGAAACAGCCAGAUUAAACUACUGUGAGUCCUCGG